AUGGCUCUGCACAAGAUCAAAGCGUACGCUCAGAAAGGGUUCAGAUGGAUCUUCCCAGAACCCGACAAGGCCGAAGAUGGACGAGACCAAUGGCCUUCGCGAGCGGCGUUUCUCCUCGCAGCGAUGGGUGGUUGUGCUGGUCAAGGCAAUCUUCUCCGCUAUCCUUCAGUCGUCUAUAACAACUAUGGCCUCCAAUGGUUCAUACCCUACCUCCUCGCCGUCUUCCUUAUCGCUAUUCCCGCGCUCGUACUGGAGAUAUCAAUUGGUCAAGCUUAUCGUGGUGGUUCUGUCAUCGCCUUCAACAACAUCAAUGGACGCCUCAAAGGCAUUGGCCUCGGUCCGGUCUUUGUCAGUCUUAUUGUCGUACAAUACUUUACAGUCAAUCUUGCGUGGAUUAUGAACUACUUCCGCAAUUCUUUCACCAGCCCUCUACCUUGGGAAAACCGUAUCGAAGACUUUUACAACAAUGACGUCGUUGCAAAUCCAGCUCCUAUUGCUGGAAGCCUUACUGAUGGUGGCAAUAACGUCGCCUCAUAUACUAGCUAUCCAGCUAUUGGUCUGAUUGGAGAGACAGUCGGCUGGAGUGCCUUCAUCUGGUUCUUAAUCUGGUUCUCAAUCUUCCGCGGUGUCGGUAUGACCGGACGCGUGGUUUAUUUCACAAUGGGAUUGCCUAUUAUCACCACCAUCAUAUUCGUCGGUCGCGCUUUGUCCCUGGACAAUGCUGGUGCCGGUGUCAAACUUCUUUGGGGUACCUGGAGAGGAGAUCAGCUCGCAUCUGGUACCGUAUGGCAAACGGCUGUUGGCCAAGUCUUCUUCUCGACCGGUAUUGGCUUCGGCUACUUUACGUCAUAUGCUUCUUACAAUCAGAAGCACUCGAAUGCUGUCAUGGAUGCUGUCCUUAUCUGUGGCAGCAACGUCUUGUUCGAAAAUUUCGCUGCUUUUGCAAUCUUUGGUGUCGUUGGCUUUCUUCGACGUUGGCCACAAGAUGGUGAACGGCUAGGAGCAUUUGUUGUCGGUUUCCUCACUCUGCCCGAAGCUGUGCUCCAGAUGCCGGGAGCAAACUUCUGGGCCAUUCUUCUGUUCUUGACAUUAAUCGUGCUUGGCUUCAGCUCUGCUUUCGUGAUGCUGGAUGUUGUCGCUACUUUGCUCGUCGAUUCAGGAGUCAAGUAUUCUCGCCCAACCAUCGUCACUGCUUUGACGCUUGUCUCGUUCCUGAUGUGUCUACCUUACUGCACCGAAUUUGGCUACUACUUGUUGGAUGGAGUUGAUCGCUGGAUCAAUAACAUUGUUCUCAUCUUUGUGGUCUUCGGUGAAGUUGUCAGUGCCACUACGGUCUAUCGCUGGACUGAUAUUACUGGAAGAGUUGGCUUGCCUGCUUUCAUAGUCUAUAACCUCGGUUACUUCGGUGGCCUGCUCAUUGGUGUCACCGUGGCUCACGGUGUUGCCAGUGCAGGACCGGGUGCUGGUGCUGGAUUUGGCUCCUUCGUUGUCUGCACUCUCGUCGCAGGCUUCAUCGCGAAAGCGCCUGCGUCUGACAGUUUCGGAAUCAUGUCCAAGGUCAGAGGACAAGCGAGUCAACUAUGGUACCUUGCAUUCUACUCGGGCAACCAGCUUCGUCGCGACCUCAACCUUGUCGUUGGUGGCGGCAAGAAUUGGAAUAUCCCCUCCUUCAUGCCCGUCCUUCUUCGAUACGUCAGUGGUCCUGUCCUCGCCAUCAUCUUCAGCUUCGCCUUCCCUGAGUUCCACACACUCCGUUACGAUCCUAUGAUGAUUACCGGCUUCAUUCUCUCUAUCUUGGGGAUGGUCGGGGUGUUGUUGGGCUUCGUCAUGCCUAGAUACUACGAUGCAUUCAUCCCUGCACAUCGUCGUGAUGAGGGAACACAGGUGACUGUUCUCAAUGAGCCGACAGGCCAGCUCGACACAUUGUCCGUCGUCAGCAGCGAUAUCGAUGGUGGCGAGAGUGGAAGCAGAGAUAAGUCUCUAUCUGAAGGCGUCAGGUCGGGGAACGAUUCGCCUGAGUUGAGAGCUGAGAGACUCAAGUGAAUGCUUGAUGCAACCCAUGUUUCGAUUUACUUAUUCCUUUUGCUGGACACUUUUUUUGUGGCCGAUAGAUAGACUUGCCUUUUUGCUUGCCACCGUCAUCAUUUUUUCGGACCAGCCAUCGUGGCUUCUGGUGCGCUUGAUUCUCUGCCACAAUGCUUGCUCAUAUUUUGUUUUUCUGCUUCC